UAAAUGUCGAGUCGGCAAACGCAGGGCAGAUAGAGAAAGAGAGAUAUUUCACCUGUGCCGAACGCUAAGUUACGAGAACUUUCUGUAUCAAAGAUGGCCGAUAAACAACGAACGAUCGUCGUAGCGAUGGAUGGAAGCGAACAUGCUGUGAAUGCAUUCAAAUGGUUUUGUAAAUCUAUUAAGAGAGACGAUGAUCAGGUGGUAAUGGUAUACUCCGUGGAAGUCUACGACCCUAUGUAUGCAACGCAAUGGUUUAAUGUUCCGUAUUCCGUGGACAGAACAGCUUUGAAAGCAAUGUUAGAAAAACACGCAGAAGAAGUCAAAAAGAAGUUAGAACAAUUUGCAGAAAUCAUGAGAGCUGAACAUGCUUCUGGUAAGGUUCGAAGCACACACGCCGAAAAACCCGGUGAGGGAAUCCUGAAAACUGCCAAAGACCUGAACGCCGAUAUGAUCGUCUUAGGGACCCGGGGAAUGGGGACCAUCAGGAGAACAAUUCUGGGCAGUGUCAGUGACUACGUCCUACAUCACUCCCCAGUCCCAGUUAUCAUCUGUCCCCCCAAGUAAAGUAACGUGCAAUAGGACCACCACAAGGUUUUAGUCAUAAUUGACUUACAUGCAUUCAUGCUGUGAGAUCAACAAAGGGCAGACAAUUCAAAGGGAAUACUUUUAUAUGUUUAGAAAUAUUAUUAAUGGGUAAAAAUUGUAAAAUUAUUGAAGAGGAUUUCGAUUUGGAAUGCUGUUUAAAGGUUUAGGUGCAUUGUGUGAUGAAUGAAGCAUAAUAAACGUUGUUGUUUCGAAUAGAAUUGUCAUGUAUUAAAUAUAUCAGGUACUACAUUUAUAGUUAUAGAGUAUUGUGUGGUAAUAUAAUCCUAGAGUUUUUGUACUGCAAGUUGUGGUGUAACAUUAUGCAUUUGUUUAUAUAUGUGUUUGAAAAAUGAAAUUUUGAUUUUAGAUCAGUUGACACGUCUCUUAAAAAUAUAUAAU